AUGUCGACACAACCACCCUGGCUAGAGGGCUAUGCGACUGACCGUUAUGACUGGGCGUGCAUGAGCGCUCGACCGGCUUUCUGCCGACGCAUUGGCAUCGUUGAAAGCCUCUUCAAUACCGAUGGCACAGACUUCGAAGGCAGGGCGGAUCUCACUAUCCACCUGCACGUCGAGGCGCGGGCUUUUUUGUCUCUGGAGUCGCUGCAAUCGCGAAUUCGGCUUGUCUGGAGCAUUAUGCGGCAGAAGCAUAUCUUGCUCUCUAGUAGGGUGGCCACGCCAUUCGAAGUGGUUUCGGGCUGUCUCCAGGAUACUCCUUCAGAUCGUUUCUACAUCUAUGAACCAAGUCAAAGCGUCGAAUCAAUGCGGCAUGAGGCGAGUCAGCACAUGGUCUUCGUUGGGGAUCACUAUCCGCAUGUGGAUGAUUACGAGUUUUUCGUCCACACCCUCAACUCCAGCCGAUGCAUUGAUGAGUUCAAAGCUUUGAGCAAGCUAUAUGUCUUGCCGGUCAAAGCCAACCAGGACGGCCUCUUUCGACUCCACUUCAUGUUCAUUGCUGGGCAUGAAAUAGUCGACGGCCUCACCUCGAUGCGUUGGAUGUCUGACUUUAUCGACCUCCUAAACCGGUCAGAGGAGCAGCUCCUAUCUGACGCUCGGCAGCUAUGCGAUACGUCGCCUAUCGAAAGACUCCCGCCCGCACAGGAAAGUCUAUACCCUCCCGUGUCUGGAUCUCGCGCCCGACAGCGGUGGUCCUGGCUGCUUACUCGCAUCCUCAGACAUACUCGCCGACCUCCCCCUGCCUCCUUCCAGAAUCCACUCCGACGGCAGACACGACUCACCACAGCCACUCCCCCGGAACCUAAAUUCUCAAGAGUCCUCGACUACUCACGCAAACCGCCACUGAAUACAUAUCCUCUACGCGCACUCCUCAGCAGCUCAUCAACCAAGCGACUUUCUAGAAUAUGCCGUUCCGCAAGAAUCAGCAUUGGAAGUGGUUGUUUUGCUCUCGUUGCCAUCGUGAUGAUGCUUCUUGAGGAGCAGCGCAACCCUUCCAUCCCAGCACACGAACGCCUCCCCUUCGUCGGCUCCUUCCCAAUCAACCCGCGCCCGUUCCUCCAGGGCGCGCCUACAACAGGAAAAGAAGACAGUCUGAUGCUGGCAUUCAGCGACGGCAUCACACUCCCUUUCGUCCCCAGCAACCUCGAUCUGGAAGGCCGGAUACGCCUGCUCGGGAAACAAGCACACCGCCAACUCCGGCAGUACCAAAAGCGCCCGAGGAGCCUGGCGCAGGAAAUCCACCUCGGCUCCCGGAGUCCCACUCAACUCAUUCCCCAGCUGUACCUGAACACAAUGGAGUAUCUCGAGAGGAAAAGCAAACCUGACAGGAGACGCGGUUGGGCCAUCCAAGGUGCGUACCCUGCCGGGACGGGUUCGCUGUCCACAUGCGGAGUGAGCUCGGUCGGCGACCGUGGAUCCAUCAUCUCGUCAGGCAAAUACGACACGAGCAAACUCCCUCCCCGAGGCGAGGUGAUAGCCGACUUUCGGAAUCUGGAAACCACGGUGCGGGCGCGGGACGGGGAGUUCCUGGUCGGCGUCGUGGGAGAUAAAGACCGCCUCAGACUGGGCGUCAGCUAUGACGGAUGUGCCAUUGAUCCAGACCUGGCGGACCAGUUCAAGACAAUCAUCGAGGGCAUCCUGGAUGAGCCAGAGGUGUCUGCAUCAAAGCGAGGGGACGGGUCGGAAGAUACAAGCAGGAAAGCAGACAACACCAACACAGAAGGCCCGCCUCAAAUUAGGGAGUUGCGCCGGCUUUCCAGGCUUUAG